AUGAAGCAUCUCAACCUGGCCAUCCUGGCCGCAGGCCUGGCAGCCAUCUCCCCCGUCGCCGCCGACACAACAACCAUUAUCGACGCCAAAUCCGACCGCGGUACCUGGGAGGGAUGGGGCACUUCCCUCGCUUGGUGGGCGCGCAAGUUCGGCAACCGCGACGACCUCGCCGACAUCUUCUUCACCACCAAGUCCACGACGUUCACGGGGGUUAACCUCCCCGGCCUCGGCUUCAACAUUGCGCGGCACAACGCCGGCGCGUCCAGCUGGAACAGCAUCAACGGCGAGUCCAUGGUCGUCUCUCCCAAGAUGAUUCUCUCGCGGCAGAUCGAGGGCCACUGGAUCGACUGGAACAGCGCGGACCCGACCUCGUCCAGCUGGAAGUGGGACGUCGACGUCAACCAGCGCGCGAUGAUGCAAAAGGCCAAGGCGCGCGGCGCGAACCGCUUCGAGCUGUUUUCCAACUCGCCCAUGUGGUGGAUGUGCAAGAACCACAACCCCUCCGGCUCGGCCGACGGUACCGAGAACAUCCAGAGCUGGAACCUCGGCCAGCAUGCCGUCUACAUGGCGACGAUCGCAAAGUACGCGAAGGACAACUGGGGAAUCACGUUUGAGACCGUGGAGCCUUUCAACGAGCCGAUCGCCAACUGGUGGAAGGCGGACGGCACUCAGGAGGGCUGCCACAUCGACGUGCCCACGCAGGCGACCAUCAUCAACGCCCUCCGCACGGAACUCAACAGCCGCGGACUGCAGAGCAUGGCCAUCGCCGCGUCCGACGAGUCGCUGUACGACCAGGCCGUGAGCACAUUCAACGGCCUCGGCAGCGCGCUCAACAACGUCGCCAGGAUCAACGUCCACGGCUAUCAAUAUGGCAGCGGCGCCCGCGACAAGCUUUACGCGCUGGUAUCCGGCAAGGGGAAGAAGUUGUGGAACAGCGAGUACGGCGAGGGCGACGCCACAGGCGAGCGCCUCGUCUCCAACCUCAUCCUCGACUUCAGGUGGCUGCGUCCGACGGCCUGGCUGUACUGGCAAGUCCUCGACGGCGGCGGCUGGGGACUCAUCGACGCCAACAACGAGAACGGCGCCUUCGCGGGCGUCAACCAGAAGUACUUUGUCUUUGCGCAGUUCACCCGCCACAUCCGCGAGGGCAUGAAGAUCCUUGACGGAGGCUCGGAUAACGUCGUCGCUGCGUACGAUGCCAAGACGUCGAAGCUGGUGAUUGUGGCUGUUAACUGGGGUGAUGCGCAGUACCUCAACUUCGACCUGAGCAAGUUCACCCAGGCCUCGACGAACGGGGCCAAGGUCACGCGGUGGAGGACGCAGAUUGGCGGCAGCGGGGAUCGGUAUGUUCAGUCGCAGGACACGGUGAUUAAUGGGACCAAGUUUUGGUCGUGGUUUGAGAGCAAGAUGGUGCAGACUUUUGAGAUUGAAAAUGUCAAGUUGUAG